CGCCGAUCGCUCACAGCGGAAAGACGUCCCCAAAAUGUGCAGCACAUUCCUUGACCCCGAGGCCAUAUUAUCAGGCAACGAGCAAUGGAUAAAACUAGAAGAAAAGUGGGGGGAACCAGUAGACCUUGAAACUGAUGAAGACCCCCCAAGGAAGCUCAAACCAGUCUUCAGCACUUUGGACUUGAUGAAAACUACCUUCGAUUCUUCAUUUCUGUUCAAAAAAGUCCGCAGGAAAGUCGGCAGAAGACUGUCGAAAGCAGGAGUUUUGGACUACCAGGACUUCUUACAAGAUCUUCAAGAAAAGAACCCACCUAAGCAGUUCUAUUUCAUCAACGGCCAGAUAAUUUCAGCGGCAUCAGUCGAGGAUAUUUGUGACAAGAUUGAUGACAUCUUCAAGUCUGUGGAGAAACUUUCUUCGGCCACCAGCACCGUUCGCAAAAAGGCUUUACCAGACAAAGUGAGCUGCAGCAUUUCUAUAGACGACCUGUCCUUUGAUGACACACCUUCUGAAAAAGAGAAGAGUGACAGCGAAGAUGUGGAAAGGUACAUAGAUGAGGCAUUUGAGAAGUUGAGUCACUUCUCUGACAUGACUAUGGAAGAUGAUGUGACGAGGGAGUCGGUGACUACUCUUGUGAGGAAAUUCAGUUCUAUUCUGUUUAAUCCAGCUGUGAACUGUAGCCCGAGAAGACAGCGGCAGUGUUGUAACAAGUUUAAGGAGUUGGCGGAAUUUUGGAGAAGUCAGGCGUUCCAUGAACGGGAGACUGGACAUUGAAGUGAAGUGAUAAUUCGGUAGAAUAUUUUGUGUGGGUACUUUUUUGUACUGUGACUGUAGUUCAUAUUUUAAGUUUUGUGAGUGAAAACUUUACAUAAUUAUGCAUAGGUAGUGUGUUAAGACAUCGAAUGUGAUUAUAGGAUAAACAUUAAUAUCUGUUACCUAUAGUUUUGGUAUGUUAUGGGUAAGUGUUUAGUUUUAGGAUAAAUUAUGUUCCUCAGUUAAGAGUCCGCUAUUUUUUAUUAUUUAUUUUUGAAUUCAACCUAUUAUUACAUGUCAUUUUUUUUUUGUCAUUUAAAAAGUUUAUAAUUUUAUUCGAGUUACGUAUGAAUAGUGUAAUGACGUGGUUAUUUUAUAUGAUUAAUAUAAAGAUAAUUUAGGAUAAUAAUAUGUUCAAAAUGUAAACCAAAAACUCUAGUUCAGAAUAUUAUUGUAUUGUAGGUAUUUAAAAAUAUUUGUUAAUAGAGUAGCUUUUCUUAUAGUUUUAUGCCAAUGUUUAAGGUAAUUAAAUAGUACAUUUACUUUAAAGUAGUGCUUUAAAUUGAACUGAAUAAUUUAUAAAGAUAUGUAAAGAACAUUUUACUUUGUAAGUCGUAAAUAAAUAUUUCAACAUUA